UUGAUAGGCCUCUGUAUGGGAGCAUGUGAUUUCCCCACCGAAUAAUAAUUAUGAUCAAGUUUGUUUGUUUUCCUUUUUUCUCUUUUUUUGUAUUCUUAUUUUGUUGUGGGGAUGAAUAUGGUUAUCCUGUAUUUUUGUUCUUGAGUUGUUUUGUUCAAUUUAUCUUUUUGUUGUAUUUCAUGAUGACCGUGUACGUCAUGUGACCUUAAGUGAACUUAUGUGACCUGGAAGCGGUAGGGUCAGGUAAAGCACUUCUGAAAUGAGGUAGCGUGCGCUGCGUUUGCCACGCUCGAGAGAUUCUACUGCUGGUACAAGGCGUACACGUUUUCACGGUGCUCAUGACGAGCAAAGAAAUAAAGUGUCAUGAUCAUCAGUAAGAAUGCGUGGACCAACUUUAUUGACACCAGCAUUAGCUACAGUGAAAACGUAGCCUUCUGAUGAAGAGUGCAGUUCCCGCGGCGAUCGUCGGAGACCCCUGGCUUGUUGUCAGUUGUCACCCCUCUACGUCCUCCUUCCCGGGUGACCUGCAGCUGUUCCCUACGGCGGGUCGUGUGAGCUGCGGCGGGUCGUGUGAGCUGUUGCGGGUCGUGUGAUCUGCGGCCCGUCUCCUUUCCUGAUGAGUUGUGGUUGUGUUCUGUGGCGGGCCUGAUCGCUAACUCUGGUAGCCGCCACAGUCGGCCUUCGUGUGCAGGUGGCUCUCCCCGCGCUAAGGAACUGAUUUGCGUGGGCGCGCCCUUUCGGUGCCAUACGGGACUAUCAUCAUCUUCAAUGUUGGACUAUUGGACAUUUUCAUCUUCGCGACUUCAGCGCGCGGCUCCGCGCAUCGUGUUGGACAAUUGAGGAUUCGCUUCACUCCAGCUGUGGGUUGCAGCUACUCGACAGACUCUCAUCUGCCGUGGCACAGGUCGUAUACGAUGCUCUUAUGAAAUGCUUCCUUGGUUGAUGCAUUAGAAAUGUUUUAAGAGGUGACAGUCACUUUCUCGUCAUACCUUGCCAAUUGUUUGCAUUUUGUAAAGGGAAUUUGAAAUUUUAUCCUUAUUCAAAUGUCAUGAUUAUGUGAAGAGUGUUUUAAUGAAAAUAUGGGUUUAUGAUCAUUGUGCGGCCAUUUAACCACAGUUGUUUGAGUUUUAAAUUAACCCUUUCUGGUACAAAAUGGCUAAUCAAAGUGAAGCAAAGGGCGAUGGUAUUUUAAAAGUAACUGAAGAAGUAUUCAUAGAGCAAACCAAGUGUGAUAUUUGUGGUCAAACCAAAGAGGCUGUCGAAGCUAACGGUGAAAAUACAGAGAAUGGCAGACAUUUUUCAUGUACAUCAUGCACCGAAAAAUCAGAGGUCAAAGGUAAAGGGCCUAGUGCAACCGCUCAGACAAGCGAAAUUAGGAAGUCUUCCCGAGAGAGACGUUUCACUCCAAAAAUGCAAGAACUAAAAGAGCAAGAGCUUUACCAGAAAGAAAAAAGUUUUCAGUCUGCCUAUGAAAAAUGGAAAGUCAAAGUCAGAGAAGUAAGAUCGGCAUUGAAGACUCUGUGCACUGAGUCAAUCUUAUUUCAGAUGAUGGAUGAAUUGGAGAAACAAGAGGGUGAACUGAGAGAGUUGUAUGAUGACAUGCGGCAUACCAUGGCACCAAGUCAAGAAAUUAGGAGAAAAAUCGAUGCAUGUGUUGCAGUAACUAAAGACCUAUUGAAAUUAAUGGGGGUGCGCUUAAUUGAAGAUGACCUAGAUUUUGAUGCUGAAGCUGAGAAAGCAAGGUUGCGGUUGCUGCUUGACAAUGAAUAUGCACGAUCAAUAUAUGGAUCUACUGUCUCUAAAGCCACAAACCAUAGCCGGCACUCUGACCACGCCCCUGAAGCUGGAGGUGUUGCAGCUAAAAGAGCAGAGGUCACCGCAGAGCUAGCAGCAAAGAAAGCUGAACAGGAUUUGGAGGCUGACAUAGAGUCAAAGCGUCAGCAAUUAAAAAGGCUAGAGCGUCAUAGAGACAUUGAGGUCAUGGAAGCUAAACUCAGAGCAUACAAAGAAGAGGAAUUGAGAGAGCAAAGCAGGCAAUGUAGCCUAGCAGGUGAUGUGAUCAAUUCAAACCCCCUUCCCCCUAGUGUUGCUUCCCUGACAGGACAUGCUGCAAAGACUGAAGUAAGUCUAGUGCAGGCGCUUCAAGAGUCAAUGGCCUUAACUCGACUUCCUGUUCCAGAACCCUCUGUAUUCUCUGGGGAUCCACUGAAGUUCAUAGAAUGGAGCACAAGCUUCAAAGCACUAAUAGAGGGACGAUGUUUCAAUGCGGCAGACAAAUUGUUCUACUUGCAGAAGUACAUCGGCGGCGAAGCAAAGUCUGUUCUGGAAGGUAGCUUCUAUAGGAAAGACGAGCUGGCAUAUCAACAAGCCUGGAAGAAGCUGAAUGACCGAUAUGGUCACUCCUUUGUAGUGCACCGCGCUUUUAGAGAGAAACUCAACAGAUGGGCAAAAAUUGGUGCAAGGGAAUACAUAAAGUUAAGAGAGUUCAGUGACUUUCUGCAGUCCUGCAGUGAUGCUAUGCCCCAUGUCAAGGGCCUUCAGGUUCUGAAUGAUUGCGAAGAAAACCAGAAGAUGCUGGCCAAACUCCCCGAUUGGCUGACAAGUCGGUGGAAUCGUUUUGUCACAGAAGAUCUAGACAAAGGCAAAGAUUAUCCUGGAUUUAGUGAGUUUGCUGCUUUCAUUGCAAAAGAGGCACGCAUAGCAUGUAAUCCAGUAUCUUCACUGCAUGCAAUUAAGAAUACAGAGGAGAGGCUGGUUAGAGAAGCGAAACAGUCACGAGCAAACACCUUUGCAACAAAUGUGAGGUCUACUGAAGCAGUUUGUUCCUCAGCCAACUCCAAUGAGAGUGACACUGAAGAUUCAAAUACAUUCCUGACAACAGUGGCACCUGGCUUUAGACCAGUGAAAUGUGCAUUUUGCGGAGAAAGUCAUGCUACCCACAAAUGUGAGAAAUUAAUGUUAAAGUCAGUAGAGCAGAAAAGAAAAUUUGUGCUGGAUAAUAAAUUGUGCUUUGCGUGUCUGAAAAAAGGGCAUACCUCCAGAGAUUGCAGGAAUAGAGCAACAUGUGCACUAUGUAAAAAACGUCACCCUACACCACUGCAUGAAGAUCGUCCGGCAGCAAGUGAGUCUUCACAAGCAGUUUUGCCAGGUGAAGAAAACACAGUCUCACUGUCCUGCUCUGUUAGUGGAAAAGCAGGCAGUAGUACAUCAAUGAUUGUCCCAGUCUGGCUCUCAUCGCCCAAUACAGAGUCCGAGAUUCUUGUGUAUGCACUAUUGGACACUCAGAGCAGUCAUACGUUUGUUGACCAGGAAGUGUGUAACAGGCUGCAGACAGAGAUGGAACCCGUAAGGCUAAAGCUCUCCACCAUGAUGGGUGUCGACUCAGUUGUACAAAGCCAACGUGUUAGCGGACUCAAAGUUAGAGGGUUUACAUCAGACUGUUACAUCCACCUUCCUCCCUCUUAUACAAGAGAUUUCAUCCCUCUGGAACGAACACACAUUCCCACUCCUCAGACAGCCAAGAGGUGGAAACAUCUUGCCCCAAUAGCAGACAAAAUGCAUGCUCCGAUGGAAUGUGAAGUUGGACUUCUGAUAGGCUAUGAUUGCUCUAGAGCCCUGGCCCCUCGUCAAGUUGUUACAGGCGGUGAUUAUGAGCCUUAUGGCAUUAAAACAGACUUAGGAUGGAGCAUUGUAGGAAGUGUAUCCCAGAAUACUAAGCCCGAGUAUGUGACUGGAAUUUGCCAUCGUAUAUCGGUUAAAGAAAUGCCUCCAUUGACUCCAGCUUCUGUCAUAAAAGCACUUGAACUUGACUUUGCUGAUACUCGAACGGGAGAGAAGAGUAUAUCCCAGGAGGAUGUUCAGUUCCUUCAGUUCUUGAGUGAAGGCAUUUACCAAAAUGAACGUGGCCACAUCGAAAUGCCCUUACCUUUCAAAACACGCCCUCAUCUUCCUGACAACAAGAAACUUGCACUAGUUCGACUGAAACAUCUAAAACGGAAGCUGGAGAGAGAUUCUAAAUUCAAGCAUGAUUAUGUGAGAUUUAUGGAAGGAGUCAUUGAAGAUGGCGAUGCAGAGAAGGUAGAAGAGCAAGCAAAAUCAGGCACCCUAUGGUAUAUACCACACCAAGGCGUAUAUCACCCCAGAAAACCAGAUAAGAUCAGGGUAGUUUUUGACUGCUCCGCUAAGUAUGAAGGCACAGCUUUGAAUGAUCAUUUGUUGACCGGGCCUGAUCUCACCAAUGGGCUUACUGGGGUGCUCUGCCGUUUCCGUAAACACCCAAUCGCCAUCAUGUGUGACGUGGAAAAAAUGUUCCACAGGUUUCAUGUCCGUAGAGAAGACCGGGACUAUCUGCGAUUUUUGUGGUGGGAGAAUGGCGAUACAGAUGCAGAGCCCACAGAGUAUCGCAUGAAGGUCCAUCUUUUUGGAGCGUCAUCAUCCCCAGGGUGUGCUAAUUAUGCUAUGAAGCAGCUUGCCAGCAUGAAUGAAAAAGAGUACCCAUCAGCUGCCAGUUUCAUCAGGAACAAUUUUUAUGUAGAUGAUGGACUCAUAAGCCUGGAGUCUGUUGAUGAGGCAAUAAAGUUGGUAAGGGACGCUCAAGCUGUAUGUGCUAAAGGAAAAUUGCAUCUCCACAAAUUCCUCUCUAACAACAGAAGUGUCCUCGAGACAAUUAGUGUGACUGACCGUGCUGCUGAGGUGAAGAAUGUCAAUCUUAACCAUGAUCAUCUUCCUGUGCAAAAUGUGCUGGGGGUCAAGUGGGACGUAGAAAAUGAUGUCUUCUCCUUCUCAAUUGCCCUUGGGGAGAAAGCUGCCACACGCCGUGGAAUCCUCUCAGUUGUGUCCUCCAUUUAUGAUCCCUUAGGCUUCCUGGCCCCCUUUGUCCUCUUGGGAAAGAGAGUUCUACAGGAAAUGUGUCGGAAGGGCAUUAGCUGGGACGAACCACUGCCAAGUGAACUGAAGCCAAGGUGGGAGAGUUGGCUGGAAGAUUUACAGAACUUGCACAGGAUACAAAUCUCAAGAUGCCUCAUACCUGAAGGCUUUGGAAAAGUUUUGAAAACAGAAUUACACCAUUUCUCUGAUGCCAGUAGCCAGGGCUAUGGUCAGUGCUCAUAUGUCAGGCUAGUGAAUGAUGAAAAUGUUCAUUGUACUUUGAUAAUGGGAAAAGCAAGGGUCGCCCCUACCAAGGUUGUCACCAUACCUCGACUAGAAUUGACUGCAGCAGUCAUAUCUGCAGCAAUGAGCAACAUGCUGAAGGUAGAACUUGACCUCAAAGUUGACCGAGAAUACUUUUGGACUGACUCUCAAGUAGUCCUAGGGUAUAUUAAUAAUGAGGCUAGAAGAUUUCAUGUUUUUGUUGCAAAUCGCGUACAGAGAAUCCGUGAGACCACAGACCCAAAACAGUGGCACUACAUAAGCACAGAGGAGAACCCUGCUGACCAUGCGUCUAGAGGCCUUAAGGUCAAUGAACUGAUCAAUUCCAACUGGCUUACAGGACCCAAAUUCCUCUGGGGAAGAGAGAUAGUUGCCAGUCAAGAGAGGCCAGAGUUAUUGGUGGGAGACCCUGAGGUCAAAGCUGUCCAAGUCCUGAACACUAAUGUUGCUGAAGAAACUGAUUUCUUGCAGUACCUGUCCCGUUUCUCAAAAUGGCCUCUCGCUGUAAACGUUGUAGCUCGAAUCCAAAGAUGGGCGAAGAGGGCGAAGAUGUCGGCGCCUUUGAGUGUGGAAGAAAGGAGGAGGGCUGAAAUGACUCUAAUCCAGCUUACACAGCGAGCAGCUUUCAGAGAGGAGAUACGAACGCUCAGCCAGGAGGGUGGGAGGAUCGCUUGCAGCAACCAACUGUACGAACUGGACCCAUUCCUUCAAGAUGGUGUAAUGAGGGUGGGAGGAAGACUAAGGAAGGCGACGGCACCACUUGAAGUAAGGCACCCAGCAAUUCUUCCCAAAGAGAGCAAUGUUACACGGCUUGUUCUUGCACACCACCAUGAGAGAUCACAGCAUCAGGGUAGAGGACAAACCCUCAAUGAACUUCGAGCCCAUGGCUAUUGGGUUGUGGGUGGCAGCAAGGCAGCAGCGCAGUACAUAAGCAAAUGUGUCCUAUGUAGAAGAGCUCGCAGGCCACUAGAACAACAACGAAUGGCAGACCUUCCCACUGACCGCACAGAUCCUUCCCCACCCUUUACCUAUUGCGGUAUGGACUGUUUUGGUCCUUUCUAUACCAAACAAGGGCGCAAGGUGCAAAAACGAUAUGGCCUUCUCUUUACCUGUCUCUGCUCCAGAGCGAUUCAUAUAGAAAUGCUGGAAGAUAUGACCACCGAUGCUUUCAUUAACGGUUUACGAUGUUUCAUAGCCAUCAGGGGAGCUGUUAGACAGCUCCGAUCAGACCAAGGAACCAAUUUUGUCGGAGCGAAGAGUGAGCUUGAGAAAGCACUAAAGGAAGUCAGCAAGGAAAGAGUAACUGCUUACCUGGCAAGCAAGCAAUGCGAUUUUUGUCUGAAUGCACCAAGCGCAAGUCAUGCAGGUGGAAGCUGGGAACGGCAAAUCAGGACGGUCAGGAGUGUGAUGAGUUCAGUUCUUGCACAAUGUACUGGGCGAUUAAAUGACGCUUCUCUGCGAACAUUCUUUUAUGAAGCCAUGUCGAUAAUUAACAACCGCCCCCUUACAGUGGAUGGCUUAAGUGAUCCCACUAGCUUAGAGCCCCUCACUCCAAACCAUCUUCUUACCAUGAAGUCCUCUAUCCCACUUCCCCCACCUGGCAGAUUUGAAAAGGAAGAUCUUUAUACACGAAAACGAUGGAGGCAGAUUCAAUAUCUGUGUGAGCAGUUUUGGUGCAGGUGGAAAAAGGAGUAUCUUGCUAAUAUUUCUCUUAGGCAACGGUGGCACUCCCCUAGGAGGAAUGUGCAAGUUGGGGACAUUGUAAUCGUAAAGGAUGAUGACGUGUCCCGCAAUGAAUGGAAGCUGGCCAGGGUCCUCGGGGUCUGUGAGAGUGAUGAUGGACUAGUACGUAAGGUUGUAAUACAGAUGGGGGAACGAAGGUUGGGAGAAGGGGGUGAGCGUAUUACUAAACCCUCCAUUAUUGAACGGCCAAUACAAAAGUUGGUUGUCCUGGUAACUGAAGGCUGAACUCCAGUGUGGUAAUUAAUGAUGUGUACAUGGAAUUUAUGAUGGGUGUUUUUGCCUUCUCACUAUGUGAGUUUCAAUGAUACAUUUCACAAGGUUUGCAAUGUUUAAUUGAUUUUUCCCUACGAUAGGGUGUGUGGAUUUUAAAUAAAGAAUGCAAUGAGGAAUUAAAGGUUUCAAUUAGGGGUUGGUUUUAAUGUACUGUGAUGCUGGGAAAUUACCAUUGAUCGAAUGUAUUUUAUGUGUGUAAUGAUAUCAAGGUAAUUGGUGGGAGUGUAACUGCCGUUGAUAGGCCUCUGUAUGGGAGCAUGUGAUUUCCCCACCGAAUAAUAAUUAUGAUCAAGUUUGUUUGUUUUCCUUUUUUCUCUUUUUUUGUAUUCUUAUUUUGUUGUGGGGAUGAAUAUGGUUAUCCUGUAUUUUUGUUCUUGAGUUGUUUUGUUCAAUUUAUCUUUUUGUUGUAUUUCAUGAUGACCGUGUACGUCAUGUGACCUUAAGUGAACUUAUGUGACCUGGAAGCGGUAGGGUCAGGUAAAGCACUUCUGAAAUGAGGUAGCGUGCGCUGCGUUUGCCACGCUCGAGAGAUUCUACUGCUGGUACAAGGCGUACACGGUAAU